CUGUUUGCCUUUAUAGACGGCAACUGGAUGAACGACUUGUGCAUCAAGAUGGCGCUCCAUGUUUAUCUUGGAUACCGCAAAGACACUUGUUUUAUCGACACACCCUUCUUCAGUUAUACGAAACCAGAGCACGCGUUGUUGCAUGAUGCACUUGCUACAUCUUUCCAAGGUGUCUCUCGGUUUUUGGUUCUUCCGAUUUGUUUCGAUAACUUCCACUGGUGCAUGAUUCUGGUCGACCAACGAGUAGGCUGCAGAACGAUGUAUCAGUUUGAUCCUCUCCACCUGCAGUGCUACUACGAUCGACUUGAUCAAAGUUGGCGAUCGUAUUUAAAAGCGGACCUUAGAAGCGAGUAUGAUCCGUACAAACAAGAGCGAAUUAUUGACCUGCACCAGACCGACGACUACAAUUGCGGAAUUUUCAUUCUUCUGUUCGCAAUGAAGCACAUUAAGCAAAUAUCCAUUCUGGCCACUAUAAAUGCAAAUUUGAAUUCGCUCCGGCUGACACUCUUCAUGUAA